UUCAACCUUACAAACGGUGUUAACUUUGUGAAUUGAAGCGUAAUUAACUAAUUUCUUAAUGUUAGGAAUAAGCAUUUAAGUUGCAGCAAAUUUAGCGAACAUGGGAAUAAAAUGCAAGUGAUAUCUUUGGAUGAUUUCUUAAAGAUGUUAGUAUAACAAAAUAAAUUCAAAUCGACGAAGAGGUAUAAUUAAGCGCUGUCAAGGUGGAAUUGGAAUGCAGUCAACAGAAUUACAAAAGAAAGAAGUUGAUAUUCUGAGACCCGUGUGGAUAAUUGGUAUUGGUAUAUUUUCCAUCUUGUUGUUCAAAAACAGAAGACUUAUAUUGAAGCACAUUAUGCAUUUCUUGCAAAAACUUGGGAUAGCGACUGACCAAUCAGCGGUUCUGGACGUGUUCUGGUAUGACACCGAAAACUUCGACAUAAAUGUCAAUUUUCAUAAAGAAGUCCAAAAAAAAUUGAAAAGCCAUAUGUACAACUUUAUCAAAGUGACUGGCACUGAAGAGAGAAUAGAAGGGAAAUGCAUCAAUGAAUGUAGUAGUAUUCCAAUUAUUGCAGUAUGCCGAAGAUCGACAUACCGUUUGAAAAGCAUUAUUGAUGCGUGCCUGCAGGGAUUAGAAGAGAAAGACUAUGUUCGCACACUUUUGAUUUUUUUGCACCCAAAAGGAUCUGAAGAUUUACUGAUGGUUUCAACGAAACAGAAAGUAGAACUUUCCCAUGAAUACUCGGGAUUAAAGAUUGUUGACAUCAUUUUUGGAAAAGGAAUAUUCUAUGGCUACAAUAUCAAAUCAUGCCAUGGGCAUGACUUUUGGAAGGAGAUGAAAGAGUUUCUCGGACAUUGGAGCGGGAAAAAAGAAAGUGCUUAAAAUUACUUUUACAAUCAAUGUUUAUACAUACCGGUAACGUUACAGAGUGCGGCCAAUUUUCAUUUGUUAUAAAGACGAUUUUAGCAACAAUUGAAAAACGGCUCACUGUAGUAUAUUUUUGUAACCUUUGUCGAUAAACAUAUACCUAGCACCUUAAAUUUUAAGGAAGCUGUGUUUGAAAUCUGUAAAUGUUUGAAUAUAUUAAACAUAAAGUAAAAGAAGAUCACGUCUCUGUGAAGUUAGCAGAAUAGCAGAAUAACCUCAACAAAAUAGCAGCAUAACCUGUUUUUCAUAUUACCUCGCAUCUGUAUCUGUUGCGUAAGUUAUAAGAAUAGCUGAAUAACACCAGCAGAAUAGCAGAAAAGGUUCAGCAGAAAAGCAGACUAAAUCCAGCAGAAUAGCAGAAUAACUCUAGCAGAAAUGCAGAAUAGCAGAACAACUCCAGCAGAAUAUCAGAUUUACUCCUGCAGAAUAGCAGAAUAAUUCCAUCGGAAUAGCAGAAUAACAGAAUAACUCCAGCAGAAAAGCGGAAUAACUCCAGCAGAAUAACAGAAUAACUCCAGCAGAAUAGCAGAACAAGUCCAGCAGAAUAGCAAAUAACAACCUAGCUCCAGCAGAAUAGCAAAAUUACUCCAGCAGAGAAGCAGAAUACCUCCAGCAGAAAACCAGAAUAACACCAGCAGAAUAGCAGAAUAGUAGAAUAACUCCAAUAACAGCAUAGUGCAAAAUAACUCCAGAAGAAUAUCAGAAUUACUCUAGCAGGAAAGCAGAAUAGCAAAAGCAGAAUAACUAAAGCAGAAGAACUCCAGCAGAAUAGCAAAAUUACUCUAGCAGAAUAGUAGUUAAACUCCAGCAAAAUAGCAGAAUGGCAGAAUAACUACAGCAGACUAGCAGAAUUGCUCCAGCAGAAUAGCAGAAUAACUCCAGUAGAAUAGCAGAAUAACUAGAGAAGAAUAGCAGAAUAACUUUAGCAGAAUAGCAGAAUUAUUAUUAUAUUCUUAUCAUACUAGAUCUAUACAGCUCUCUUUUCAUUUUUGACACGGUCACAGGCGCAGGCACAUGGGCGCGAAAUUUAUUCUCUACUUGUACACAGAGCGAUCUGACCUGAGGGACAGAGUGAGAACCCCCAGAACAAGUAGACAGAAAUAUUUUUUCUUUUCUUUUCAUAGCAGAAUAUCUCCGGCAGAAUAGUAGAAUAACACCAGCAGAAUCGCAGAAUAGCCGAACAACUUCAACAAAAUAGCAGAAUAGCAGAACAACUCCAGGAGAAUAGUAGAAAAUCAUUAAAAAAGAAAAACAUGCUAUUAUUUUUAUUUUAUCUGGCUUGUGUAAGACAAUUGAAAUUAGCCUAAGACUACUUUUGCGGUAAAUAUGUUACCAUUAUAAGUUGUUAGAACACAUUUUAAUCUGUUCAAAUAACAACUUUAUACAUCAUACAUCUCGCAUAAUCUUGCUCAUAGUUAAUAUCAGCCUAAGAUUUUCUUUUGCAACACACAAGUUACCAUUAUUGCUUUAUUGACUGUUACUAAACCAUUUAAGUAUGUUGAAGGAACGCCUUCAGUACAAAAGCAGAAUAACUUCAGCAGAAUAUCAGAACAACUCAAAUAAAAUAGCAUAACGUCUGUUUCAUUGGUAUACCUUUCACCCAAACAGAAUGGAUUAUUUUCCACCUCGGCCGCUGAUGGCAAAACUUGUUUUUACCUUACAGCGACGGGUGCCGGCCCGUAGAAUGUACCGAUAUGGAUGUUCAAAAGAGAAAAAUGUUUAAAAACUUUUGAAAAGCAUUUUGUUGUCAAAAAAGCAUUUCAAUAACUGGUAUAUAAAACUAUGAGCAUUUAUAUUUUGAUAUAGUUUCCGGGUAAAACAUAUAAUAAUCCUAUAAAAAAUUCUUAAAAUGUUUAUUUGAAAAUGACCUGUAAGUUCCAAUAAUGGGGACAAAAAAAUGGCCUUACCGAAAAAGCAUCAUGGACUAUAUAUAUCUAAAAUUAGAUAAUUAUAUACUAAAAUUUGAAAACUCUUAGAAAAGAAAAUAUCUUUGUGGCGGUGAUAUAUAUAUAUAUGAAGGAGAACGUUGUAUUCAUCAUACAGUAUUGUCAUAAAACGCCAUUCAAAUCACAAAACUUUUAAGGACUCUCUAAGUAGUGAACUUCUGUUGUUAUUGUUUUUUUAAAAAAUAAAUUCCUGUUGCAAAAAUAGUCUUAGGCGGUAUUGUUAAUUGUCAUGCAGAUGGCAGAUGCGAGUUUAAAUUAAAAUCAUUAAGCCUUUUUGUCUUUUUUUUAUAUUGUUCUGCUAUUCUGCUGGAUUUAUUCUGCUAUUCUGUUAUUCUGCUAUUCUGCUGGAGUUAUUCUGUUUUUUUUUUGCUGUUCUAUUCUGCUGGAGGUGUUCUGCUAUUUUGCUAUUCUAUUCUGCUGGAGGUAUUCUGCUAUUCUUGCUAAAGUCAGUUAUGCGAGGUAAUAUGCGAGACGUAUAAUGUAUAAAAUCGGUCUUAAGAUUGUUCUUUUAACUGUCAAAAAUAGUUUUCUAACAAGUUAUUAUGGUAACAUCUUUACAGCAAAAAUAGUCUUAGGCUAAUUUUAAUUAGCAUACAAAUGCGAAGUAACAUGAAAAAAGUUAUUUUGCUAUUCUGCUGGAGUUAUUUUGCUAUGCGGCUGGACUUUUUCCGUUAUUCUGUUUUUCUGCUGGAGUUAUCCUUCUAUUUUGCUAUUUUGCUGGAGUUAUUCCGCUAUUCUGCUGGACAUAUACUACUAUUUUGCAAUUCUGCUGGAGUUAUUCUGCUAUUCUUGCUAAUGUUAAUUGUGCGAGGUAAUAUGCGAGACAAAAAUAGUUUUCUAACAAAUUAUAAUGGUAACAUGUUUGCAGUAAAAAUAGUCUAAGGCUAAUUUUAAUUGUCAGUCAUACAGAAUCGAGGUAAAAUCAAAAAAAAAAAAAAAAAAAAAAAAAAAAAAAAAAAAAAAAAAGAUUAGUCUGCCUGAGUUAUUCUGCUAUUCUGCUAGAGAUAUUCUGUUAUUCUGCUGUUCUGCCGGACUUAUUCUGCUAUUCUGCUUGAGUUAUUCUGCUGUUCUACUGGAGUUAUUUUGCUAUUCUGCUAGAGUUAUUCUGCUAUUCUGCUGGAGUUGUUCUGCUAUUCUGCUUUUCUGUUGGAGUUAUUCUGCUGUUUUGCUGAAGUUAUUCUGCUGGAAUUAUUCUGCUAUUCCGCUGGAGUUAUUCUGCUAUUCUGCUAACUUCACAGAGAAGAUCAGUGUCUAUUAAUCUACUUUGGUCUUAUUCGAUGUCUGGUCUAUAGCUACAACUAAUUGAAAUAAAAUGUUAUCUAUCUAUAUAAUUCAAACAUGAAUGAUCGAUUAACUGCUUAAACUAUAUUUGGGAAAUGUAAGAAUUUUAAGGAAAUUUAGAAAAUAUGAAGAUUUAGUAGGACUUGUAAGUUGCCGAUAGCAUUUUUCACAGUAUUCGAAUCCAUAGUUACAGGUGGCGUAUAACAAUGUCUCCGUCCUUCCAUACUAUUCAACAUAUUUACAUCUUGGCUCACCCGAGCAUGGACAAAAUCAGAUUUGUAAAAAAAACAUGACCGCAUGGGUUUUUUGUCACUUUUGAUAUACAUGUAUGCAUAUAGUGAAACGUAAAAAUGGUAUUGUCAGAAACUACAUGCCUAUUUUGAAAUACUCCAAAUAAAUGUUUCUUGAGUGAA